AUGAACGGCUCCGCUCAUUCCAGUGUUGCUGCCGCUGAUACCAACGGCAGCGCCUCUGAAUUCAAGACUGUUGUUUUUCCCAAAACAAAGCUCCAGCUCGACGAUAUAAUAUCACGUUACCAACACCUUCUUCGUCUCAGCCGAGAAUCUAAAGAAAAGCAUGAUUCGCUCGCCAGAAUCGCAGACUCCACUUAUGGCCGCACGUAUCAAUCAGGGUUCUCCGAGUCUGAGUUCGUGGAUCCUUAUAAGGCGGAGAAGUUGGAGUUGGAGAAAUGUUUGGCGAAAGUGAGCAAAAAAUACGACGAAUACAUUGAGGAGGAAGAGGAGUUGUCUGCAGAGAUUCUCAGCUCAUUGAAUGCUGCAGAAGGCUCUGAUGUGGACUUGGACUUGCUUGAGAAACAAAUUGUUGGUUUGCAAAUGUUGUCAAGAGAUAUGGACUUGCCCCAAGCCUUGCAAAUGGAGUAUGACGAUGUUUACAAGAAGACUCACACGAAGAAAACUGCUUUGGGUGACAUGGUGGACCAGAUUAUUGAAGUUUAUUUCACAAAAUCUGCUACAGAUGACUAUUUACAAAAGGCUAAAUCUGUGGGUUUGAAGUCCCCAAGAUCAGUCACUUCAUCAGAUCCUACAUCGGGUGCCGUGGGCGACUAUUAUGCGGAACAAAUAGUAGCUAACAAGAUUGCCAGUCGUGUCCAAACAUUGGAGAAUUUGCCAGCUAACUUGGGCUCCUUUGACCUCAGUAGUGACACUCAAGAGUCUUCUGACGAGUUGAAGAUCAAUGCCUUAGUUGAAUUGAAAUCACUUCAAGUAUUGGCAGUCCAAAAGCAUUUGAAGAACAAUUUUCUUAGGAAAGUUGCUCUCACAGCUCACUAUGACUCUGAAGACUUGAGUAACAAUCCAUUGUCUUUGCAAGGAAGAAGAGGUUUAUACAUUAGAGAUAAAAUUGACCAACCAAAUCCACAUCUCUUGGCACUGCAAUUGGAGGACAAAUUUAAAUUGGAAGCAGAAGCCAAAAAACACAAGUUGCAUGUCGAGAAGAUCGAAAGAAUUUUGGAAAACUCUAAAGCAUUGCAAGAAGCCAAAUUUUCUAAGAUCAAUAAGAAAGGUACUUUGAUCAGAUUCGUCAACAACUUCCACUCCAACACAGAGAAAGAGGAAUCCAAGAAGAUGGAGAAGACUGCCAAGCAACGUUUGCAAGCCUUGAAGGCCAAUGACGAAGAGGCAUAUAUCAAAUUGUUAGAUCAAACCAAGGAUCACAGAAUCACGCAUUUGUUGAAACAGACCAAUAGUUUCUUGGACUCUUUGGCCAAGGCAGUCAAACUUCAGCAGGCUGACUCUGACGAGGUUCAAGAAGAGGACACUGUGGACGAGUUGAGAGAGAAGAUUGAUUAUUAUCAAGUUGCUCACAGAAUCAAGGAAGAGGUUAAAGAACAGCCUAAGAUAUUGGUUGGUGGCCAAUUGAAAGAGUACCAACUUAAGGGAUUACAAUGGAUGGUUUCCUUGUACAAUAACAAGUUGAAUGGUAUCUUGGCCGAUGAAAUGGGGUUGGGAAAAACUAUUCAGUCUAUUUCAUUAAUCACAUACUUGAUCGAGAAGAAGAAUGAAGAUAAGUUCUUGGUCAUUGUGCCCUUGUCUACUAUUACGAAUUGGACGUUGGAGUUUGAGAAAUGGGCACCGUCAGUUAAGGUUAUUGUUUACAAAGGCUCUCCACAGCAACGUAAGGAGUUGCAGUUUGAAAUCAGAACUGGUAACUUCCAAGUGAUGUUGACUACUUACGAAUAUAUCAUCAGAGAAAGACCAAUGUUGUCCAGAUUCUUCUACUCGCACAUGAUUAUUGAUGAAGGUCACAGAAUGAAGAAUACUCAAUCCAAGUUAUCCAUGACUUUAAAGCAAUAUUACAAGACCAAGAAUCGUUUGAUCUUAACCGGUACUCCCUUGCAGAAUAAUUUGCCUGAAUUGUGGGCAUUGUUGAACUUCGUCCUCCCCAAGAUUUUCAACUCCGUGAAGUCCUUCGAUGAAUGGUUCAAUACUCCUUUUGCUAAUACCGGAUCACAAGAAAAGAUUGAAUUAACUGAAGAAGAGAGUUUGUUGAUUAUCAGAAGAUUGCAUAAAGUCUUGAGACCUUUCUUGUUGAGAAGAUUGAAGAAGGAUGUCGAGAAGGACUUACCUGAUAAGGUUGAGAAGGUGUUGAAGUGCAACUUGUCGGGAUUACAGCACAUUUUGUAUCAGCAAAUGUUAAAACAUAAUGCCUUGUUUGUUGGUUCUCAAACUAGUGGAACCAACAACAAGUCCGGAAUUAAGGGUUUGAACAACAAAAUCAUGCAAUUGAGAAAGAUUUGCAACCACCCCUUCGUUUUUGAGGAAGUGGAAGACAUUUUGAACUCAACUAGACUCACAAACGAUUUGAUUUGGAGAAGUUCUGGUAAAUUUGAAUUGCUUGACAGAAUCUUACCUAAAUUCAAGGCAACCGGUCAUAGAGUAUUGAUUUUCUUCCAAAUGACUUCAGUGAUGAACAUUUUUGAAGAUUUCUUGCGUCUCAGAGACAUGAAGUACUUGCGUUUGGAUGGUGCUACAAAGGCUGAGGAUCGACAAGAUAUGUUGAAGGCUUUCAACCGCCCAAAUUCUGAUUACUUUUGUUUCUUAUUGUCUACCAGAGCUGGUGGUUUGGGUUUGAACUUGCAAAGUGCUGAUACUGUUAUCAUCUUCGAUACUGACUGGAACCCUCAUCAAGACUUGCAAGCGCAGGACAGAGCUCACAGAAUUGGACAAAAGAAUGAGGUGAGAAUCUUGAGAUUGAUCACAAACGAUUCCGUGGAAGAGGUCAUUUUGGAGAGGGCCCACCAAAAGUUGGAUAUUGACGGAAAGGUCAUUCAAGCUGGUAAGUUCGAUAACAAGUCUACAGCCGAAGAACAGGAAGAGUUCUUGAAACGUUUGUUAGACGCUGAGCAAGGUGAUAACGAAAAUGAAGAGAAUGAUUCUUUGGAUGACGAGGAUUUGAAUGAUAUCUUGGCCCGUUCAGAAGAAGAGAAGCAGUUGUUCAACGAAAUGGAUACCGAGAGAUUGAUUCAAGAAAAGCUCCACAGCAGACAAGGAGGCUACACAAAUAGAUUGAUGUCAAAAGAGGAAUUGCCUGAAGUGUUUACUGAGGACAUCUCGCAUCACUUUGAAAAGGAUGUCAAGGAGUUGGGUAGAAUGAGAGAAAAGAAGAAGGUGAAGUAUGAUGAUGGUUUGACUGAGGAGCAAUGGUUGAUGGCAAUGGAUGACGAUAAUGAUACCGUGGAAGAUGCCAUCCGUCGUAAAGAAGAGAAGCGGGCCAGAAGAAAGAGAAAGCAGGGAUUGGGCGAAAGCACCGAGCCUGAAGAUCUCGAGGAUGAUGAUGACGAGGAGGAACCCAGAAAGAAGCGCAGAUCAAAUGGACACACAGAAAAUGACUACGAAGAUGGACCAGUUGAUCCGUUGACUACCAAAUGUGAGGGCGUGCUUGAGGAAAUCACGGCACUUCAAGCAGAGGAUGGACACGGAGUCGCAGACAUUUUCUUGAAACUUCCUUCAAAGAAAAUGUAUGCUGAUUAUUACAAGGUCAUCAAAAAGCCUACCGCCAUCAGCCAAAUUCGCAAGCAUCUCACUCAAGAAAAAUUCGAUUCAUUUGAGCUGUUCCUUGAUGAGAUCAGACUCAUGUGUUCGAACGCCAAAAUUUAUAAUGAAGAAGGUUCGUGGGUUUACAAUGAUGCUGUGACCAUUGAGCAGUUUAUUGAUGGGCUUGCAUAA